UGAAAUAAAUACAUACAUUUUAAAACGACACGUGUCGCUGUUUCACACGAAUAUUUUAAACGCCGGACACGAAGAACCCGUAUGUAAACAAGUUUUAUGAAAAUGGCGGCGCCCUUGUUCAGGUUCUUCGGAAAGGUGAGCAGGCAGCUGACGCCUCCAUGGGUUUCAAGUCGGCCGCUUAUUCGUCACAUUUCCUCUCCAGCCGCCGGGUUUCCUCCCCUACAGACCUACACAGAGGAGGAGGCCAUGAUGAGGGACUCGGUGAAGAAGUACGCUGAGGAACGAAUCGCUCCGUUUGUGUCUAAGAUGGACGAAAACUCUGUGAUGGAGCCGGAAGUGAUCAGCUCUCUGUUCGAGCAGGGGUUGAUGGGGAUUGAGAUAGACACUGAGUACAGUGGUACAGGCUCCUCCUUCUUCUCCUCCAUCCUGGUGAUUGAGGAGCUGGCGAAGGUGGACCCGUCCAUAUCGGUGCUGUGCGACAUCCAGAACACGCUGAUCAACACACUGAUGAUUAAACUGGGCACAGAGGAGCAGAAACGCAAAUAUCUGCCUCGCCUAGCCUCCGACACGAUUGGGAGUUUUUGUCUCUCCGAGGCUGGAUCUGGGAGCGAUGCGUUCUCUCUGAAGACUCGAGCAGAGAAAUGUGGAGAUCAGUACGUCAUUAACGGGUCCAAGAUGUGGAUCAGUAAUGCAGAGCAUGCUGGAGUCUUCCUGGUCAUGGCUAAUGCAGAUCUUUCAGCUGGUUACAAGGGGAUCACGUGCUUCAUCGUGGAUCGGGACACUGAGGGUCUUCACAUCGGCAAGAAGGAGAACAAACUGGGGCUGAGAGCCUCGUCCACCUGCGCGCUCGCCUUCGAUAACGUUAAGGUGAGUGAGAAGAACGUGCUGGGUGAAGUGGGACAGGGAUACAAAUACGCCAUCGGGAUGCUGAACGAGGGGAGAAUCGGCAUCGCAGCACAGAUGUUGGGUUUGGCUCAGGGAUGUUUUGAUCACACUGUUCCCUACACCAAGCAGAGAGUCCAGUUCGGAAAACGCAUCUUUGAUUUUCAGGCAAUGCAGCAUCAGAUAUCUCACGUGGCCACACAGCUGGAGGCGGCGAGACUUCUGACUUACAAUGCGGCGAGACUGAGGGAGGCGGGACGACCCUUCAUCAAAGAGGCCUGCAUGGCCAAGUACUUCUCCUCAGAGGUGGCGACAUUAACCACAUCGAAGUGUAUUGAGUGGAUGGGGGGCGUCGGCUUCACCAAGGACUAUCCAAUAGAGAAAUACUACAGAGACUGUAAGAUAGGAACCAUCUAUGAAGGAACGACCAACAUCCAGCUGAGCACUAUAGCUAAGUACAUCGGGCAGGAGUACGACUCUUAAGCACACACACACACACACACACACACACACACACACACACACACACACACACAUGCUGAUAAACACACAUGCUGAUAAACACACACAUGCUGUUACACGCAGACACAUACUGAUGCACACUAACACACACACACACUUGUAUAUAAACACCCACUGACAUGCUGUAAACACUCUUAUGCACACACACACACACACACACACACACACAUAAUAUUACUCAAACACAGUGUGUGUGUUUCAAGGUUUUUUCUGUUGGUGUAUGAAAAUUCCAUCUUUAAAUAAAAUAAUGAACAGUCACAUGCAUUUCUUCAAAUUCAGGAUUUUUUUCCAUCUCUCUCUCUCUCUCUCUCUCUCGCUCUCUCUCUCUCUCUCUCUCUCUCCUCUCUUUCUCUCUCUCUCUCUCCCUCUCUCUCUUUCUCUCUCUCUCUUCAAUAAUGUCAUAAUGGAGACAUGUACAGUAUCUCACAGAAGACAGGUGUGCACUCACUCCUCACGUUUCAGCAACCAUUUUAGUAUCCUCUCAAAGGGAGAGUACAGAAAUGACACUGUAUAUAUUAGACUCAAUGUGCAGCUUCACUGUCCUGCCUCAGAUAUUAUUUACACAAUAAUGACUAUGUUAAAAUACUAAAGUGGUUUCUGAGAUACUGAAAGAUCUUUAUACAAUACAAUAUUUACUCCAGUUUAGAAGCUGAUUAAUUCAUCUUUUUAUUUUAAUUCAGAUUUUUUUUAGGAUUAUUAUUAAAUGAACAUUUUAGUCUAAAUGAAAUAAAUACAGUGUUGGUUUUAGACUCAUGUACAUGGAGCUGUGAUGCGCUCGCCAAGCUGCCACUCUUGGGCCCUUGAGCAAGGCCCUUAACUCUCUGUGCUCCAGGGGAGCUGUGUCAUGGCCGACCCUGCGCUCUGACCCCAGCUUCUGAGCACGCUGGGAUAUGCGAAGAACGAAUUUCAGUGUGCUGUAAUGUUUAUGUGACAAAUAAAGUCUAUUCUAUUCUUUUGUGAGAUUUUCUUCUUUCCUGGUCUGUACUUCCGCCCAGAAAAAAGAGAGUGAACAGAAUUUCUUUCAGUUCUGAAUCAUCAUCACGUGUUUUCAACUUCUGUGUGCUUAAAUAAAAUGUCUUGAAACUCUUA